CAUUCAUUUGAGGAACCUGCAGCCGAGGUUGCGGAAAGCAGUGGGGGGAAAAGGGGGCGACUUUGAUAUCAUGAUGGCAGCCUACCAGCACGCUGAAGAAGACACCAUGGUUCUAUUGACUGACAACACCUCCACGGCAAGCACCAAAGACCGAGUCAAGACCGAGUCGUCCCCGGACAAGGCGGCGGAUAAACCCGAUCCGACUCAGAAACCGCCUUACUCUUAUGUGGCCCUCAUUGCCAUGGCUAUUCGAGAGAGCCCCGAGAAGCGGCUCACUCUGUCUGGCAUCUACCAGUACAUCAUCACCAAGUUCCCGUUCUACGAGAAGAACAAGAAGGGCUGGCAAAACAGCAUCCGCCACAACCUGAGCCUCAACGAGUGUUUCAUCAAAGUGCCCAGGGAAGGAGGCGGCGAGAGGAAGGGCAAUUACUGGACUCUAGACCCGGCUUGUGAAGAUAUGUUUGAAAAGGGCAACUAUAGAAGAAGGAGGAGGAUGAAGCGACCAUUCCGACCUCCUCCCACCCAUUUCCAACACAGCAAGUCGGCGUUAUUCGCCAGUGACAGUUACGGCUACAUCGGCCCUCCCAAAUACUUGCAAACGACUUUCAUGAACAACUCCUGGCCACUUGGGCAACCCACUGCGCCAAUGUCCUAUGCCUCCUGCCAAAUGGCCAGUGGCAACGUCGGCUCCGUCAACGUGAAGGGACUAUCGGGGCACACGGCCUAUAACCCUUAUUCCCGAGUGCAGAGCAUGGGCUUGCCCAGUAUGGUGAACUCCUAUAACGGCAUGAGCCACCACCACCACCACCCGCAUCCCCAACAACUCAGCCCGGCCCCUCCACCUUCUUCCAGCAAUCCAGCCGGUCUACAAUUCCCCUGCGCCAGGCAGCCGGCCGACCUCUCCAUGAUGCAUUGCUCGUAUUGGGACCACGACAGCAAACACAACUCAUUACACCCACGGAUAGACAUUUAAGAGAUGAAAAAAAUAACCCGGCAAGAUAUUGUCACCUAAUUGAUUUGCCCCCAAUAUCCAUCCACCUCUCUUUAAAUUAUGCCAAAUAUUUACAGAGAUGAUCCCCGCCAGGUAGUGUAAGUGUUUUGAACUUUUAUCUUUCAAACACAAGAAAAAAAAUGGGAUACCCAAACUGGGUAGCGACCUGUCUUGUGCCUACUUUAAUUAUUUGUUACUUUAAGAACAUUUGUAGAUUUGUUAACUUUUAAAAUAUGCCUGACCAAAAAGUUAUCCAAUACUAAUGUUACGUUUCCUGGUGAAGGUCUUUAAUUUUCUUGUCACCAGGGAUAUUUUGAAAAUGUGAUACUCAUUGAAAUCAUUGAAUUUUAAACUUGCCGUCCGUGUUCCAUUUAGAACUGUUGCCACAAUUUUUAGCAAGUUUAUAAGACUGUGUUUAUAAAAAAAAGAAUGUUAAAGCUCUUGUAACUGAUCUACGUGUUAGAGGCUCCAAUCGCUCUACAGUUUGGGACCAAUUCAAAUGUAUAGCACUUUUCCUACGUGUACUCUCUCGAUUUGUAACCUCUAAUAAACUCCCUUGUUUUCCACGA